GUGAAAUUCAGUGAACAAGAUCCGGGCCCGAUGACCGAGGCAUAGCACCGUGCCUUGAUGAAAAUUUUGAGAAGUUUACGUACCCGCGCACGCAACGAUCGUGGAAGGAAAUAUAUUUGAGGCUUAACUAUGGAAAGUGCGGCCGUAUCAAUUUUGCUGAGAGCCGUCGAAAUGGAUACCAAAGAAAGAUACACGAUGGCACUGGUUUUGUAUCAAGAAGGUCUCCAGAUACUCAUGGACUUGAUAAAAGAGACCAAAGACGCGGCGAAGAAGAAACAUUUCAAAUGCAAAGCAGCUGAAUAUAUGGACAGAGCUGAAACCAUAAAGGACCUUAUUAAGGAGCAAAAAUCCGCGGGAAAGUACAGGGAACAGACGAAAAUUGAGGCCGGCUCCACCGGCCACGGAUACGCCACCGUUUUCGGGAGGUUUUUGGACGCCUCAGUAACUCACAUACACGUCGAAGAUCCCUACAUAAGGACUUUUCAUCAGUGUCAAAACUUGUUGCGGCUCUGCGAACUUGGGAUUCAAAAGUGUCAUUCGUUGGCACAUGUGACGCUGGUGACCACGCAAGAUCCAGAUCGUCGGAAAGAACAAACAGCGUGGCUACAAGAAUUGAAACUAAGCCUUGGAUUGCGGCAAAUAUCAUUUGAAUUCACGUUCUCGUCGACGCUACAUGAUCGGCAAGUUCGAUUGAACAAUGGCUGGGUGAUAAAAAUUGGACGAGGUUUGGACUACUUCAAAGCUUCUGCUGGUAAAAUGACGCUUGGAGCCUGUGACAUGGAAUUGAGGCCGUGUUUGGAAACAAGCGUCGAUAUUUUUCAUGCUUCCCAAAUCGUCAAUAAAAAUGACACGUAACGCUACCACAGAGUUAUUUUCGGUAAGGAUAAUUUAAAGAGAGCUAGGAUCAAUUGCUGCAGCUCUUCUUCUUAUCCCUGAGCGAACGAUUCCCGAUUAAUGGGCAGAUAAUAUUAGGGUAUGUGAUCGAGUAUUUUUGUACACAUUAAAAUAUACAUAUAUUAUUUGUAAGUAUAAAUAGUUUAGGAUAAAAACUUUUAUUCACCCAAACGACACCAUUCGUAGAAUGUCUGAAGUCUCUCUAUCAGUCUCUCUACACUCACAAGUAAAAAUACCGAUGAAAAUUUACACGAUAUAAUUAUAUGAAUACGCACGUAUUAUAGGUAUAGGUACCAAUGCCCAUAAGUCGUUACUUACACUUGAUACUGGGUGUGUUGCAAAAUAUGGCACAUGAGUCAUAAGCCUACUCUAUUACAAAUUUACAUUCACGUAUAAUGCGCGGUAAAUCAAUUAUUCGUAGCGCAGUGUUUUACCCAUAAA